CUACAAUCAUCAUGGCAACAUCUGGCAAGAAGAUCAAGAUCGGAAUCAACGGGUUCGGAAGAAUCGGACGAUUGGUUGCUAGGGUCGCUCUUCAGAGGGACGAUGUUGAGCUCGUUGCUGUCAACGAUCCCUUCAUCACCACUGACUACAUGACCUACAUGUUCAAGUACGACACAGUCCAUGGCGCAUGGAAGCACCAUGAGCUCAAGGUCAAGGACUCCAAGACCCUUCUCUUCGGUGAGAAGCCUGUCGCUGUUUUCGGAAUCAGGAACCCAGAGGAGAUCCCAUGGGGUGAGAGCGGUGCUGACUUUGUUGUUGAGUCUACCGGUGUCUUCACCGACAAGGAGAAAGCAGCUGCCCAUAUCAAGGGAGGUGCAAAGAAGGUUAUCAUCUCUGCUCCCAGCAAGGAUGCUCCCAUGUUCGUUGUUGGUGUGAACGAGAAGGAAUACAAGCCAGACAUUCACAUUCUUUCCAAUGCCAGUUGCACUACCAACUGCCUUGCUCCCCUUGCCAAGGUUAUCAACGACAGGUUUGGGAUUGUUGAGGGUCUCAUGACCACGGUGCACUCCAUCACUGCCACCCAAAAGACUGUCGACGGUCCAUCAAUGAAGGACUGGAGAGGUGGACGUGCUGCUUCCUUCAACAUCAUUCCUAGCAGCACUGGAGCUGCCAAGGCUGUUGGAAAGGUGCUCCCAUCUCUUAAUGGAAAAUUGACCGGAAUGUCCUUCCGUGUGCCCACUGUUGAUGUUUCCGUUGUUGACCUGACUGUCAGGCUGGAGAAGCCUGCAACCUAUGAACAGAUCAAGGCCGCUAUCAAGGAGGAGUCUGAGGGCAAGUUGAAGGGUAUCUUGGGUUACACCGAAGAUGAUGUUGUGUCCACCGACUUCAUUGGUGACAGCAGGUCAAGCAUCUUUGACGCCAAGGCUGGAAUUGCAUUGAACGACAAAUUUGUCAAGCUUGUCUCAUGGUACGACAAUGAGUGGGGUUACAGUACCCGUGUGGUAGACUUGAUCGUGCACGUAGCAUCCACCUGCUAAAUGAUAAGCCCUCCUCGAGCAUCCAAGGCUUUAAUCUUCUAAAUGUUUUGGUCGAGUCUCUAGG